CAGCGCCCUGCGCUUACGGAAGUGCCGCGCGGGGCCGCCGUGUGGGCGGGGCUGUGUUGUCGCUGUGCCGGCACUGAGCCUGGCGGAGCGCGGGGAGUUGCCCAGCCCAGCUCAGCUCAGCGUCAGGUUACCGGCGUGGCGUGCCACACAGCCUCGGCAGCGCCUAACUUUUGUAGGCCUAAAGGACAGGCGUAAGGCCUCAGCGGCCGUGGCCCGGGGCCCCGCAGGGCCGGGCCGUCACCGAGUGAAAGCUCUCUGGGCGCACGGGUCACCGUCUCAGCAGCGUCAGGGCCGCAAGCACCGGCCCCCGAGCCUCUCCGUCCCCGUAACUCGCAGAGCUGAGAUAAGGCCGAUAAGCGAGAAACAGAGGAGGGUUUUUUCAGUUCCUCAGCCCCGUGGCUGCUAGGCACACGGUGUGCGCCACUGAGCGAGCUGCCUUCAGCUCAGUACGCGAACAGAGGCCUCCCUGAGCCGCAGCAGGGCAGCAGUGGAAGCUCAGCCCGAGCUGGUGGUCCCGCCGGGAGGCCCCGGGGGUGGUGGCGCUGCGGUUCGGGGGCGGCGCUCCUCCCGGGGCUCACCAUAGAGCUGCGGGCGGGGCCCUCCCCAGCUCCGGCAUUUCCGGGCGGCGCCGCGUCACGUCCGGGUGGCGGAGAUGCCGGUUAAAUUGAAUAUUUACGCAACGCAAGUUCGUGCAGGAGGACGAUCGCUUCAUUUUGUACUUCAGAAAAUAUGAGAAUAAGCAGAGUGUUGUUCUCUCUGAAUUAAAAGUAUAUAUCUGUGCCUUGCUGAGGACAGCUGCAGGAAUCGAACACUUGAAUCAAUGUUAUCGGAUGAGUUAGAAUCCAAACCAGAGCUGCUGGUUCAGUUUGUUCAGAAUACUUCUAUUCCACUAGCUCAAGGGCUGGUGGAAUCGGAGCCAAAAGACAUCACCUGUCUUUCUCUCCUUCCUGUUACUGAGACUUCAGAAUGCAACAGACUCAUGUUACCAGAUGAUGAAAGAGAUCUCACUUCUCCAAGUCACACUAAUUCUUCCAAAGAUGUUUCUUCAUCUGCUGUGUUGAGGAGCCUCCAGGUAAAUGUGGGCCCUGAUGGAGAGGAAACAAGGGCACAGAAUGUACAGAAACCAUCUGAGCUUCUGUCAUCUCCAGAGACUUCCAGUUUAUUGCAAGACCUCCAGCCCAGUGACAGCACUUCAUUUAUUCUUCUCAACCUAACAAGAGCAGGGCUGGGCUCUCCAGCAGAGCACUUAGUGUUUGUUCAGGACGAAGCAGAAGAUUCUGGGAAUGACUUUCUCUCUCAUGAUAGCACAGACAGCAGUACCCCAUGGUUCCUGCGAGUGCAAGAAUUGGCCCAUGACAGUUUAAUUGCUGCCACUCGAGCACAGCUUGCUAAGAAUGCCAAAGCAAGCAGUAAUGGUGAAAAUGUUCAUCUUUGCUCUGGAGAUGGGCAACCAAAAGACUCUAGCCCCAUUCCUCAUUUAUCUCGUGUAGAAAGGAAGCUGAAAUGCACAGUUGAAGGCUGCGAUCGGACAUUUGUAUGGCCAGCUCACUUCAAAUAUCAUCUGAAAACACAUCGGAAUGAUCGCUCCUUCACCUGCCCAGCAGAAGGCUGUGGAAAAAGCUUUUAUGUCUUGCAGAGGCUGAAGGUGCACAUGAGAACUCACAAUGGUGAAAAACCCUUUGUUUGUACAGAGCUGGGCUGCGGGAAACAGUUCACAACAGCUGGAAAUCUGAAGAACCACCUACGAAUUCACACUGGGGAAAAACCCUUUCUGUGUGAAGCGCAGGGAUGCGGUCGCUCCUUUGCCGAGUACUCCAGCCUUCGAAAACAUUUGGUUGUCCACUCAGGAGUAAAGCCCCAUCAGUGCCAAAUUUGUGGGAAGACGUUUUCCCAGAGUGGUAGCAGAAAUGUGCAUAUGAGGAAACACCACUCCCGAAUUGGAACAACUGGCGGCAGAGAGCAAGAACAGCCAGAGUCGUUGAUGGGCAGUAGUUUGCUGGAAGAAUCUACAGUGCAUAGUAAGAAUCUCAUCUCCGUGAACUCUCAGCCCAGCCUUGGUGUAGAGUCUCUACACUUGCCAGAUACUGAGUCUAUUAUCGGAGUAGAGGAGGGUGAGACCAGCUGCUCUUUCUUCCGCCCUCUUAUAUGUAGUGACUGAAGUGGGAUUGAUCGUUCCUCCUAGAGACUCACCCUGUUGCAGUGGGAUGAGUAAACAUUGCUUUAACUGUGCACAGAGUGAGUUGGGUAGAUGGCGAACGAAUGAUAAAGCUGGAGCUGGAGAAGACUUACUGGACCAAGUUUCUCUCUGUUGCAGCGCUCAAAAGGUGGUCUACUGCUUAAAUGUCAUUUAGCCCAUGUUGUGGAACGCCAUUUCAAAACUGUUCAUGCAGUCCAUUCUCCUAAAGCCUAAAGCACUUGUUUUACUGGAGCACUUAGAAGUUCCAGUUAAGGACCAGGAUCUCAUUGUGCUAGGCACUGUACUGAAUGUACAAACAUUCAGUAUCUUGAGCAACAGGCCUUUCAUCCUUUACCUUCAGAGACUAUAUUCUAAUACAUCUCACUGUCAGGAGCUGACUUAAUAUCUGAAAUAAAUGUACUACUUGGUAUCAUUUAA